AGCUAUCUUCCAAACGUUUGCUAAAUGGACGAUAUUGCUCAUGUGUACCGCAAGAAGAAGUCCGAGAAACAAAGGCGAAAUCCUUGCAGGACGCAAACAAAUAUUCGCACCCUUCCUGGGGCUCAGGGGAGAUUGCAUAGAAUCGGGGAGUCGCCAGCCUGCGCUCGUUGCUCGCAUAAAGUAGCUUUCUACAAAAAUGUUCGUAUUGCCCCCCCAAACCUCGCAUCUCAUCCUCGUCCCCUCUUUCGGGCCCGUUGCAAAUGAACCAGACGGUUGUUUGGACAGCGUUCUCUGCCUAUAUUGCGUACAAGGUGCUAUGGAUUGUCCUUCGACGCCAUUUACUUAGAACGACAACCGUGGUCAAUGAGCUUGGAUUCCUGGGCGGAGCACCUCCCAGAAAGAAGAUACAAGGAGCUGCAGUGAUAGCUGGUGGAAGCAUGGCUGGUUACGUCACCGCCAGAGUCCUAACGGAUUACUUCGAAAAGAUCGUCAUAAUCGAGCCUGACGCUGUCAUCACUCUCGGAGGAAGGGUGCCACAACGCGCCCAUUUUCACGCCAUUCUCUCCGUGGGAACGAUGAUUCUGCGCAAAUUGUUCCCGGCUUUCCAGGAGGAGGCUUCCAAGAGCGACGUUUACAUUUCCCCAAGGUACACGAGGUGGUGGGUGGGAUGCUCAUACUUUGGCGACCUGAAGGCGAAUAUGCCGGACAAUGUCACCGGCUCGCGAUUCUCUAUCAAGAGUCUCGUUCGACGUCUAUCAAUUGAGUCUUGUGGCGACAAGCUUCAAGUUAUUCAGGGAACCGUAAUCGGCGUCGAAGCCUCGUCCGAUGGGACGGCAAUCCGCGCAGUUUCCUUACGUCCAGUCUCCAAGAGUACAACAACGAUCCCGUGUGUACUGUUCGUAGAUUGUUCUGGUCCUUCUUCCAUUGGCAAAAAGUUAUUGCCUGCGGCCUCCGACAAAUGGGGACCCUAUAAUCGCACAUCGUACAACCCAAAAGUUAGCUAUUAUAGCACGUCUGUUAAAUUGUCACAUGAAUCGCAAGAGAAAGUGUCAAGAUUAUUGCCCAAACAUCAUCAGGAGUUUGGACGAUGGGAUGCCUGUACUAUCUUUGGAGUCUUUACCUCAACGGCUGAGACCGGAAGAGACCUUUUUGGGUACCAGAGAAUCAAUGGGGAUCAUUUGCUCCUUCAAUAUUCGGGAUGGGACCUCGACACCUGUCCUGCGACCGUAGCCCAGUUUGCCGACCUAUGUCGUCAAUCGGCUGCCAAGGUCAUUCCAGAAAAGCACCGCUGCCGGGAUGAGUGGUUCUUUGAGCUACCGUGGAUUGCUGGAGAGAGCACGGACUUGCUUGAUGAACCUGCUAAAUGGGACAGCUGUACUUUGACGAGUUGCUAUUGGAUCGAUUAUGCGUUUAAAUCGGUCCCAAACAACUUCAUUGCCGUUGGCGAUUCCAUAAUGCGUACUUAUAUACCGCCAUUUUUUUCUCUCUCUCGUCAUCAAUCUGACAGCAUUCCCUUCAUGAUAGGUGUGAACCCAAUCUUUGGCCAGGGUGUCAGCAAGGUUCUCUUUAAUGCCACCGUUCUUAAUUCUACGCUGCAUAAAGCGCUCAAAUCGGCAGCAGAACACGCCGAGUUGCCGCAAGGAUUCUCUCGUUCUUACUUCAAGCGCGCUUUCCCCAUUGACAAGGGCAUUUUCGAUUCUAAUCGUAUGCUGGAUUAUGGGCAGGACAGCACUAUUCCUCAACCAGAUGAAACACUGGCGUUUGGAACGGUGUUUAGAAUGUAUUGCACACUUCUGCUAAACUUCAUAUCUCAUGAUGGGAAAUCGUUCGAAGUUCUUGAAGACGUUUUGAGCGGGUACAGGCCCUUUAUUGACUUGAUGAGCCCUUCCUUUAUUUUCAAGUCAUUGUUCUGGAUGUGGUGGUCGCCACCAGGGUCAGCAUAGCACUGAGAAAAGUGAUUCCAUAAAAUCAUGUCUGAUGUGCGACAGAGAUUUCACCAUAAAACACGAUUUUUCCUCGUUCCUGUACAUGUAAUAGGUCCUGUUUUUGUCAACAAUUUUGUCUAAAUCGUGUCAUAAAAUCCUGUCUCGCAGGCGGACUUCAUCAGUUUGUUCUGUUCAAUUCACGAUAGUAUCCCCAAUGU